AUGUCGUACAUGUUUCACUUUCACGACUUGAUGGGAGGUCUUCACGUCCCCAUCGAUGAUGGGAUUGACAAGUUAAACCGGAAGUACACGUCCGUUGUCUUCCUCUUCCUCGCGCUUCCUAUCUUCACCAAACAAUACAUUGGAGAACCCAUCGAAUGUUUUACACCAACCUACUUCACUGAUGCUCAGGCACGUUACGUCAACAGUUAUUGCUGGACAACGUCCACUUACUACAUGGUUACGGCCGAUGAUGAAGAAGAAAUGGUAAACCCUCCAGUGCAGCCACCCUAUCCUCGAAUUAUACCUGAAGAACUGGAUUACAGUGGCUUGGAUAUGUUCUCAGUACAGAAAGAUAAAUUACGGCGAGUACACGUGAGUUAUUACCAAUGGUCUCCAUUGAUCUUGAUGCUACAAGGUGUAUGUUUUCAUUUACCUUUUAUCAUGUGGAACGCCUGUGCUCAUAACGCCGGUGUGAAACUACGACAACUCCUCAAACGUGCUUCUGACAUUGCAGCCAUUCCUCCUGGUUGCCAACAGCGGGAAUCUUUGUUGACAGAGUUUGUGGAGCAGUUCAACACAUUGGUAAAUGGAAGUGCAGGCUGGUGCACAGACCCGUCGUGUCGACUGCCUCUUAUGGGCUGUCGUUAUUCUCCUGGCCCGAGCCGUUUCUUGUGCCUCUUAUACAUAUUUGUGAAAUUCCUCUAUGUACUAAAUGUAGGUUUGCAGUUUAUGCUCCUGAACGCCUUUAUGGAGAAAGAUUACUACUGGCAUGGUUUUGAAAUCUUCAACCACUUGAUAGAAGAUGGCAGUUGGUGGGUUUCUCCACGUUUUCCCCUACAAACUCUAUGUCAGGUUCGAGCAGCAAUGCAGGGGGGGCUUAGGACUUACGUAUGCAGGUGUGUCUUGCCCAUCAACGUGUUCAACGAAAAAAUAUUUUCCAUUGUGUGGUUUUACUUAGCCAUCAUUCUUCAGUUGAAUGCUGUUAGCUUGAUCUUUUGGGUUUGGAAGUCUUUUCCUUAUAGUCGACUGGCUUUCAUUCGACUUUGUCUCAGCCGCUCCCGAGUUAUCCGAAUGAGUGAUGUGGCGCGUGCCUCCAAGAAGAUAUCCGCAAGCUAUCUGGGCUGGGAUGGCGCCUUUGUGCUUCGGCUUGUAGAACACAACCAAGGCAGUGCCAUGGCAACUGUUAUCGUAGGCAAGCUUUGGGAGUUUUAUGCAAGCCAAUUAAAGGCUUAUGACGAAGGCGGUGGUGAUAUGUAGUUGGCCUUAAUGCAUGAGUCAAUGUUGUUUACAAAACGAGCAGCCCCAGGCGAAUACUGGAGUAAAUUCUCAUAAUUUGUAGGAAUUUUACACUUUUCAAGUUGCUAGAACGUCUAGAUUCAAGCGUUGAAAGGAAACAAACGA